GGCAUGCCUGCCUGCAAGUCUUCCGGACUAGGUAGCUUAAACGUGAAUUAUCGCCUGCCUAUUGCGUGCGCUAUCCUGGGUGCUCGUUUCUUACUUCCGAUCCCUGGCCGGAGCCCCUCCACUCGGCCACUAAUAACCUGCCGGAUACCAUUCCGUCUUCAUACCGCCCUUUUCUUCCAGCGCGUCACCUCAUCUGCCUGCCUUUCUGCGCGCGCCAUGACCGACCCGUCGGCCACGAAGUCUUUCCUGGAGCAGACUGUCUCGCUGAUGAGCAGUGCAGCAGGCUAUAUGCGCUUGCCUGCGAUAGCUUCUACUGGGAUCGCUGCGGUCUUGACGGCCCUGCUCUACUUCAAGCAAAAAGCGCUGAUUUACCCUUCUAAUGUCCCGCCCAAUGCCCGCACCGACGUUCCCCGCCCGAGCCAGUACAACUUCAGAGACUACGAAGAGCUGAUCAUUCCGACCAACGAUGGCGAGAAGCUGUCGGCCUUUUAUAUCCGGGGUCCCCGCGGAGGGCCCAAUUCCAAACUGACGGUUCUCAUGUUCCACGGCAACGCAGGCAACAUUGGCCACCGCCUGCCCAUUGCACGCAUGUUGAUAGCCGCUUCCGGCUGCAACGUCUUCAUGCUCGAGUACCGCGGGUACGGCAUCUCCACGGGCGAGCCCGACGAGGCCGGCCUGAACAUUGAUGCCCAGACGGCGCUCGACUAUCUCCGUGACCGUGCCGAGACGCGGGACCACAAGAUUGUCGUGUACGGACAGAGCCUGGGCGGCGCCGUGGCCAUCCGUCUCGUUGCCAAGAACCAGAGCACCGCAAACAUCAGUGGCCUGAUCCUCGAGAACACCUUCCUCAGCAUGCGCAAGCUGAUACCCUCCAUCAUGCCCCCCGCCAAGUACCUCGCCUACCUUUGCCAUCAGGUCUGGCCAAGCGACAGCCUGAUCCCGAGCAUCAAGGUGCCCACGCUCUUCCUAAGUGGGCUCCAGGACGAAAUCAUACCGCCCAUUCACAUGAAGCGCCUCCACGACCUGUCAAGAGCCCCCAUAAAGGUGUGGAAACCUCUCCCCGGAGGCGACCACAACUCGAGUGUUGUGGAGGAGGGCUAUUUUGAGGCGAUUGCCGAGUUCUUGGAAAGGCUCAUGGAUGAGGAGAAGAAAGAGAAGGAAUGAGCUCUGGCUGGUCAUGUGCCACGAUGGGAGAGGU